AUGGAUAUCACACCGAUGCUCAACGUCAUUGAACCGCAAUCGGACCUCGAAUCCCUACAAGAACUACUAUCACCACGACUACGACUGCGUAUAAACCUCGUUGCCUUGUCAAGCAUUCGUAGCAAUCUGGAUAUCCCUGGAGAUCUCACACUCCCUUUGAUCGAAGAAAUCCACACGAUCAAGUCAACGGCUCGCUGGUACAUCUCGAUUCUCGAUCGUAAAUUUCGAGAUCUCGACUAUGGUACUGUCAAAGUCCUACCUCCCUAA